AGAAGAAGCAGGGACAAACUACGCGGUCGGGGAGAAACUCAAUGGGUGUGGAGUCUAGUUUAGUGAUGGGUAUCGAGGUCUGAUGAUGAGGAGCAGGACGAAAUGGCGAGGAGGGAAGGAUAGACUGAAGGAGGCCUCCAGGAAACUGAAGGUUAUCCUGAAGAAUUCCAAGAAGCUGAGCAUCUCUCCUGAGGACUUGGGACGACUGAAGGGAGCGAGCAGACUUCAAGAGGUGUGUGACGAGGGGAAAACCUCAGAGAACUGGUUGUUCUAUGGAACUCUAGGUUCAGGGUUCCUUGUUGUAUUACUGCUCAUCUUUAUCAUCUCGGGAGCACUACAGGACUCAAUGUGUGCUCCCAAAAACACGACCAAAGAUAUCCAGAUCCAGACGAUACGCAUAGAGCGAUUGCCUCUGGACGGACCCUUGGAGGCAGAAGACUCGACCCUCUUCAACGACAGCGAGGACGGUGACGAGGGUCAUCUUAGGGCUUCGCCCCACCUCAGACUACGGAGAGGGCGAUAGCGUAGACUGGGGAAGGAUUAGGGCUUAGGAGGAACUGCAAUGAACUGACAGGAGUGAAAAAUGUCCUCACACAUUGGAGUGUUAUGUUUAUUCUUACAGACCUUAGUGUGUGUCUUUAGGGGCAUUGUUAUGAAAACAUAAGUAAAACAUUCAUGGAAAAGCUUUGAACGAAUAUUCUAUUGUGUCUAGAAUUUGAGCUCUAAAUGAACCUAUUGGGGUUUCUAGUUCAUUUUGUGGUAAAAUAUGGUUUCGAAAAUGGGUGGGUAAAGUAAACAUUAUAGCAUGGAUGCUAGUUAAAUAACUUUAUUUGGAAGUGAUAUAGUAUUGAAUAAGGAUGUGGAUUUCACUGAUGUGUUUCCUUUUCACUGUAUUAUAAUAUUAUUGGAUAAAAAUUCAAAUUACUAAUGCCAUUGCUACUGUAAUCAAGUAAAGUUUGAGACAAAAAUUUUAGACAAAAGUCCACAAAACACAAAGUUGUCUAAGUUAAAUCUGAAGCUAAGUGGUGUACUUUUAAAGACACAUAUACGAGCUGUACGUUAAAUAACCAGUUUAUUCUGAUUAAGAUAAGUUUCAGCAUAAUAAUGAAAUGAGUUUUAUAUUUCCUAACUUGAAUGAAUGCUUUACUUAGGGAUUCCUCUAAUGAUCCUUUUUAAUUGGCUAAACACAAAUAAUAUUUUCAUAUAAAAUAGCACUACGUUACGAACAUAGCCAUUUUCUUUAUAGAUUAGCAAUCAAAAUAUAUUAUAAAAGAUUGUGGGCGAGGGAAAUUUUCUUUGAUCAAUAUUUACAGAAUAAAUUAAUAUUUGUAAGAAAGAAGUGAUUUUCUAGUUGCUUAUUUUAACAAUUAAAAACAAAUACCUUUCUUGAAACAAACUAAAGACUAGUCCGGUUUAUUUUUUAGGUCAGAUAGCACUCAAUUUAAAAACGUAACAUAAAUCAACAAAUGAGUAGUUUUCCAUUGUUGUACAAUAUCUUUUGGGUAAGUUUAAUUUAGGUAGAUAUAAAUUAAAUGCUAAAGUCAGAACCAAAAUAUUUUAAUGUACAAUAUUACAGCCACUACUUUUCAAUGAACAAAAUAGUCUAAGUCAUAAAAGUUUGGAUCUUUGCAGGGUAAAACAUUUGUAGGAAUAACAAUGAUAUUUGAUCAUGUGUUAAUAAGUAUUCAAAACUUUGGAUAACCCAAUCCCUUGAACCAAACCAUUUUUCCUUUUGAGUUAUUAUAAAAACAAUACCACACUGAGCCUCUUGAAACUAAAUAUUUAGUGCUUUUAAUUUUUUAAGUCAAAAUAUAAUCAUCACUGAAAUAUUGGGUUUAUUGAGGCUUAACAGACAUUCUGUCUAUUCAAAAUAUGAACAUAUGUGACAUUCAAUACUAAAAUGUAUAAAUUAUGUAUAAUAAAGUAACUAAAAACUUCGUGCGGUUCCAAAUUACUUUAUUUUUACUUGUAAAACAAUCUCAAAACAUUGUUUUUCUAAACUGUAGCUAUAUGUAAGUGACAUUAAAAAGUUAGAUUUUUAGAUUUUAUUCGAUCUUUUUCCUAUUGUUGUAAUUGGUUGUAAUUUCAUAUUUGUA